GCCCCGCAGCAGCCGCGCGGCCGGGGGGCCCCGCGCCGCCGAAUUGCUGCCAUGGCAACUCAAGUGCUGGGACAGUCUGGCGGGAACAGCCUCUUUCCUGGCAGUGCUAAUAUCGGUGUGGGAUUGUCCAAUGACAUGUAUGACUUACACGACCUUUCUAAGGCUGAGCUGGCAGCUCCUCAGCUUAUUAUGUUGGCAAAUGUGGCCUUGACGGGAGAAGUCAAUGGCAACUGCUGCGAUUACCUGGUAGGAGAAGAGAGGCAGAUGGCAGAACUGACAACGGUGGGGGACAACAAUUUCUCAGACAGCGAAGGAGAGGGUAUGGAAGAUACCCAGGCUGCAGAGAGUGACCACGAGACGCCUGAAAACGUGGAAUUGAGCUCUCUUGAAGUUCCUCGUGCGGAAACCCAAGAUGCAGCUGCUUGCCCCUCUCCUAAGGCUCCCAGUGUGGACAAAGAUGGCUCAUUGGAAGCACCAGCUACUCCAGAAAACACAGAGGACAAGUCCAAGAGCUUGAAGAGCAAACCGUUUCGUUGUAAGCCUUGCCAGUACGAGGCAGAGUGUGAAGAGGAGUUUGUGCAUCAUAUCAGAGUUCACAGUGCUCAGAAAUUCUUCGUGGAAGAAAAUGCAGAAAAGCAAGCCCAGCUGAAGGAGUCUGACUCUUUCGUUGCAGAGGAGGUGGAUUUCUCUAAGGGCCCGAUCCGUUGUGAUCGUUGUGGCUAUAACACUAACAGAUAUGAUCACUAUCUGGCUCACUUGAAGCACCACAACAAAGCAGGGGAAAAUGAGAGAGUCUACAAGUGUACUAUAUGCACUUAUACUACUGUCAGUGAAUAUCACUGGAAGAAACACCUAAGAAAUCAUUUUCCCAGGAAAGUCUAUUCCUGCUCACAAUGUUCCUAUUUUUCAGACAGGAAGAACAACUAUAUUCAACAUAUUCGAACUCACACAGGAGAGCGACCCUACCGAUGUGCUAUGUGUCCUUAUUCCAGCUCUCAGAAGACCCAUUUAACCAGGCACAUGCGCACCCACUCAGGUGAGAAGCCAUUCAAAUGUGACCAGUGCAGCUAUGUGGCCUCAAACCAGCAUGAAGUCACUCGUCACGCAAGGCAAGUUCACAAUGGGCCGAAGCCUCUGACUUGCCCACACUGUGACUACAAAACAGCUGACCGCAGCAAUUUCAAGAAGCACGUUGAGCUCCACCUCAAUCCACGCCAGUUCCUCUGCCCUGUUUGUGAUUAUGCGGCGUCUAAAAAGUGUAACCUGCAGUAUCACAUCAAAUCCAGGCAUCCCGAUUGCUCUGACAUCACCAUGGAUGUCUCAAAGGUGAAGCUACGGACUAAAAAGAGCGAAGAUGACUUUUCGGAGAGCAGCAAUGACAAAGGGGAGAAGGAACAAACAAAAGGGGAUUCAGCUGCAAAGAAAACUGAGAAAAUUGUGAAAGUGGAGAAAAAAGAUAGUUUAGCAAAGGAAAAGAAGCCGGCCAGUAAUUUUUCUGCAGGCCAGGUGACAACUAGAAGCCGGAAAUCAGCUUCAAAAAACAAGGAGGUGCAUAUUAAAACUGAGAAAAAUACUGAGAAAACGUGUAAAACAAAGAAGAUGAAGAGGAAGGCAGAGGCUGAAGUAACUUCCUCAAAGAAAGAGCCUUCAGAUGAUAACUCAGCAGCAACGAAAAAGAAAAAGAAAGUGGAAACUAAACCCAGAGACUGCCAGGAAGUUGAAAAAAGUGAUGCUGUACCAGAGGAGGAGCCUAAAAAGCAAAAUUCUUGCCCAAAGAAGAAUAAAAAAAAGAAAGCUGUGAAAAACAGUUCUAGUAAGAAAAGCAGUAAACUUGAUCAGGAGAAGAUUGAGGAAGAGGAGAUGGCAGAUGAGUUUCAUGCCACAGAGGAAGAUGGGUCUGUGAAGCCUGACACAGAGGACGGUGACCGUAUGGAGCAAGAUUCCAGUGACACAGCAGCAUUAAACAACAAGGAUGGUCAUGCUCUCAAGUUGGAGAGCACCGAUCCUAAAGGAAGCUGCACACAGGACCCAGGGCAGCUUUGUGUGCCAGCUCAGGAUGUAACCACAGAAGGUGAAGCAGAGGACCAAGAAAUGCCUGAUGCAGCAGAAGAGAGUGAAGACACUGUUGGUGAUGGAAAAGAGGAGGAGAGAAAGGUGGACAGGGAGGUAGACACUUCCUCCGGGGAAUCUUCCCAUGCAGAGUCUUCUGAAAAAAGCUUGGAUGAGCCCAUGGAUGUGGAUCUGGCACCUCGGAAGGAGCCAGAGGAAACCAUGGCAGAAACUGUGAAUAACUCAGACCUGAUGGACCUGACCAAGACGUGCCUGCCAGUGACAGAGCCAACAGGAGAUCUUGUGCCUCCACCUGCACCCCCAGAAGGGUGUAUGCAAAGCCCUAAAGUAGCUCUGACCUUAUCAUCUCCGGAUAACACAGCCGUGAGCGAAUCUCAGGAAAUGGAUGAGGACGAGGGCAUCCACAGCCACGAAGGCAGCGACAUAAGUGACAACAUAUCAGAAAGAAGUGAUGACUCGGGGUUAAAUGGCACUCGUUCUGUCCAAGAGGAAACAAGUCCAAAGACAUCACAAGGAGCUGCAGACCCCAGAGUGGCCAAUGAGAACUAUGUGUGCAUCUUCUGUGACCGCUCAUUUCAAAAGGAAGAUGAGUACAGCAAGCACCUCAACCGCCACUUAGUCAAUGUGUAUUAUCUUGAGAAGGCAACAAAAGGGCAGGAGUAGCAAUAGCUGUCGUCUGGGGGAAAUCUUCUUUUGUAAGAUCAUAUACAGCUUAUGUACAGAUAUUGUAGAUUUUUUUUUUCUUAAAGCGUGGUUUGCUUUAGUGUCUGCAUUGGAUUAUUUUUUGGUUUAGGCUUUUUUAAGUUGAAAAUAAUUUUGACAACUUCUUGCGUAAUGGUGAAAUCGUUAAUUAUUGGAUCUCUUCAUUAGAGAAGGCAGGUAGAGUGUAUGAGGCUGUGUUCUGUAAAGUCAGUGUAAGCCUGCAGUCUAUUAGGUUAUGAAAUUCUUUUAUAAAUGGAGUUUUAGAAACAAGACUGUAGCUAACAAUACAGAAGUUGGAUGUUUAUAGAGCCAUUGGCAUUAGUUGCUUUACGUUCUCUCAGUCAACUCCUCUCUCUUCCUUUUUCCCUUCCCCUUUUUGUUUUUAUAGUUCUUUCCAAUGUGACUUGAUAUUCAAAGUGUUAAACUACUUGAUGGUUUUUCUACCAGGAAGAUAGCUUCUAUUACAAAAAGAGCACUUUGUAAAAGAAAUCAAAGUUGGCUAAUGAUGAACAUAACUGUUUAAGAUAAUGAUAAUUGUGAACGUACAUUUCAGAUCCCCUGAGUGUAAAUGGUGAGCCAAAACUUAGGAGUAGUCCUUCCAACUUUUGAUUGGAGAACCUCUUAUCUUGAUUAAUAUCUUAAUGACUGUGAUAUGUAAUUGGCUUUGUUGUGGGGGAGCAAGUUUGUUAUUUUUCAUUUCUGGUUUUGUUUUGUGUUUGGUUUUUUUUUUUUAAUUGUGCUUUAAGGGCUUAAAAUAUUGCACAUUGUUUUGAUUUUUACCUAUGCAGUUUAAUCCUUUAGGAAUAGCGCUUGUGCAGUACAUGUACACUUUAUAUAUGCAUGUUUGGUUUUGUUUGUAUAAGAUUUUUUAUUUGGAAAAGUUCAGAUUUGUUGCUUACCAUGGGACAGUUUUCUGUGAUGCUCCAUACUGCAGAUUUUUACUGUUCUCCUGGGCUCUUGUUAAUAGUGCACGAAGCUGCUGAAAUUAUGAACUGGUUGGCUAUACAUUUUUGAAUGGCUUUAAAACUGUAGAGUUCUUGAGCAAAAGGAUACCCAUGCAAUUUCAAAACACUACUUUAUGGGAUUUCUCUUACCAUGGAAGUGCCACUUCUGAUAGUUUGAAUACACAUACAGAGUAAUAAACUCUAAUCUAUAAUUUGGGAUCACCAGACUGGAAAAUACUCACUCUCAGUGGAUUUCGUCUACAGAUCCUUCAAGGCCAGAUUUUAACAUUUAUUUAUUUUGCCCUUCCCCUUUUAAUUUCUGUGGUAGACAGCAGUCAAAUUUCAUGAGCUUAAAUAUAUAUAGUAGCAGUGAUUUAAGUAUGGAUCAUCAAAAUCUGACAUCUCACACACCAAACAAACCAAAUAACCAACUGGUAAGCAACAAACCUGGUAUUAAAAACUGUUGGAAUUCCUGCUCCUUAUUCAUUCAAGUUGCAGUUAAAAAAAUCAUCCUGUUUCCAUGCAAAGAGAAACACAGAAGUGGUCAGAUUGUCAUCUCUGGUCUACAUGCCAUGCCAGUAGUUUUUAAUUCUAAAGAGACUUCACAUCUGACACAAACACAAGCUACAUACAUUGCAUACUUCUUGCUUGGAGCCAGCCAGUGGCAAAAUGUGAACAGAAUCCAAACCAGGAGGGAAACAGCAAAACCCUGCAGCCUCCCCUGUGCACUCUCUGACUGUCAACCUCCCCUCUCUGGCUGCCAACUCCAAAGCAGUGAAUUUGGAGGCAGAUGUUACUGGAGAGAGGAUGUGAGGAGCUCAGACAGUAUUUGCCAGAGCACUUUAUGGCAAAUGCUCUCAGUGUAAGCUCUGAAAUGAACCCUAUUAUCUGCCUGUCCCCACAGCAUCUUCCCCAAAUGGGGAACAAACCCAAACAAACCCACUGCCUUGAAUGAAUAGGGAGCAACAAUGCUGCAUUGCUUCUGCUUCUGGGAGAGAUUGGUUAAUAGGAGGCCAAAGAUUUGAGAGGGAACGCAUCCCUCACAGCAGAAAUAAGUUGUAUAAUGUAUAGUGAGUUUUUGUUUGCUUAGAUAGUGUUCAAUCCUUACCUUGGCUGUGACAAUCAUUGUCAACUGAAGAUCAAGUUGCAACUCUAUUUAUGUUAAACAUUAAGAAAAUAAACCUAGUUGAAUCACUUUCCUAAACAACCAGUUGUAAUAGUCAUAGAUGUAUUAUUUUUUCUUCAUAAUUGUGUUUCCUUUAUAUAUAAAAGUUGCCACUGUUUGUGAGCGAUGCAUGCAGGUGCUGGGAAUUCCAGUACUGUGUAGAGGUUUUACAGCUCCCUUCAUAUCCUUGCAAAGAGCCUUAGCCUUUGCCAUCUUGUGAGAGACUUCAAGGACUUAAACAAUAGUCAAAUAAACUCGUGGACUGGCCUGAUAAUUUUUCUGGUUUGUUCUUCAGUGAAAUGAAUGGUGUUGACUGACUUUCAGUCUCUCUCUCUCUGAGAUAAAAACAAAGAUGUGGUUCUCUGAGAUAACCUGCUGCACAUUUCUGUGAAGUGGUCAAGGUUUCAAUGCUUGAUCUGACAAGGACUCUGAAGACGACAGUCAGCUCCUCUUCUGCAGUGUUUUCUUACCACAAGAUUAGAAACUGUAAAUAAAUUAUUAAUGUAUUAAGAAGAAAAGUUGAUUCCUUCUAUCUGAGACCCAUCAACAGUGUCCUGAAAUACCUAAUGUUGAUGCAGAACUGUACCGGAAUUUUCCACCUGGUUGAGACCUAGGUUUGGAGUAUGUUAUGGUAAAGCAGCAAGGAUGUAACGUGUUAGAUGUAUCUAAAAUGUUUAGACAUUGCUAAUACUGAGUAUUUGAGGACGGGUUGCAGGUCAGGUAACACACCAUAUAUGAUGGUCUUACACUGCUAUAUCUCCCUUUAAACAAUGCCUCUUUUUUUUUUUCCUUUUUUUUUUUCUAUAUUAAAUUAUUUUGUGUUGGUUUUGCCAAUGCUAGCAUUUUUUGUGUUUUUUGGCAAUAACACCUGUACGAGUGUGUUCAGCCUCUGAUAUGUGAUUAGGAGGAUCAGCACACCGAUACCCCUGCACUGCCAGCCCUCGGUUGAGCAACGUGGUGGUGUGGGCUUUUGCUGUGUUAAUCUCUAUAUUCAGAGUAACUGCCCUGAGAAGUGGUCUCAGAGUGGGUAGCUAGGCAUUAAUAAUCUAUGGUAUUGAAAUUGCUAUUUCUGGAUUUUGAUGAUGUAGGCUGGAACUUUAGUAAUUUAAAGAAGAAUGUUUUAACAACUGACAGGCCAGUUAAGAUGUGGUAAUGUAAUGGAUUUCAACAGAUUUAACUGAUUUCAACAGACUUAAUGUAGCUGAAAGGUAUUAAAUGAAAUUAAAGAGUGUUCUUGACUGUCAGUUGUGUAGAUAAGUGGUAUGAGUACAAUACUAGCAGAAUCCAAAUAGCUAAUGCAAUUGUUUUAUGUGUACAUAUAUUUUUCCCCUCUAAAUUUACACUAGCUAACAAAACUUUUGUAAGCUGGCAUGGAAACAUGUUUAUGAUCAGUUGCACCAUGUUUGAUGCUUUUACAGUGCAAUACUUGUAUUCUCUGAAUUAAACCAAAGGUAAUUUUUUUUUUCAUGCUUUCUCUACUGUAGUGCAUGACGGUCUUUUCCACGUUUGUGAUAGAUGUAAAAACAAGCCAGAUCAUACAUCCUGUUUUUACCUAAAACAUGUAUAAGAAGUCUGUUGUCCAAAAUGUAGUAUAAAGUUAAACUAAAUUGCUUUAUAUUAACCCUUACAAGUGUAUUUUCCUAAGCAUAGUUACGAUUAAAUAAACUUUAUUAAGGAACUUGCA